CUUAAAGUUGACAAGAAAACCGCACAGAAGGCACGGAUGUGCUGGAGUUUAGUCUGGUGAAUGUCUCAUUCUAUUCUGACAUUACAUUUAUACUCAUGGUUUAUGUUGGAUAUCGGACUUCAUUAUUGAAAUACCUUAAUAUCGGGCCGUCCAUACCGUAACCAGCAGGCUGAAAGUCAUCCCUUGAGUUCCCAGGGAUCGGUCAGCCUGCUCUGAUGAAGGAACAGCAGGAUGGAGACCUCUUCCAAGAGGACUCCCGUCACGACAAUGGGGACAUUCAGACAAACCAUUACAGCUCCAUCUCACCUCCCUCCUCACCAGUGGACACAGAAGAGCCCUUUUCCACUUACUUUGAAGAGAAGGUGGCCAUUCCUGAUAAUGUCAACCAGGUGUUCAGUUUCCGGAAACUUUGGGCUUUCACAGGGCCUGGGUUCUUGAUGAGCAUCGCUUACUUGGAUCCAGGGAACAUUGAGUCUGACCUGCAGUCUGGAGCUAAGGCCGGAUUUAAGCUCCUAUGGGUUCUUUUGGGAGCCACUAUCAUUGGGCUGCUUUUGCAGAGGUUGGCAGCACGUCUGGGUGUCGUCACAGGGAUGCACUUGGCUGAAGUCUGCAACCGGCAGUAUCCCACCGUUCCACGAAUAAUCCUGUGGCUGAUGGUGGAGUUGGCGAUUAUUGGUUCAGACAUGCAGGAGGUGAUUGGCUGUGCGAUUGCUCUCAAUCUCCUCUCUGUAGGAAGGAUUCCUUUAUGGGCCGGAGUUCUCAUUACCAUCACAGACACAUUUGUGUUCCUCUUUUUGGACAAAUAUGGUCUGCGGAAACUGGAAGCUUUCUUUGGCUUUCUCAUCACCGUCAUGGCAAUAAGUUUUGGCUACGAGUAUGUGCUGGUGAAACCGGACCAGGGGGAGGUGCUGAAGGGCAUGUUUCUGCCCUACUGUGAAGGAUGUGGUCCGUUGCAGCUGGAGCAGGCUGUUGGUAUCGUAGGCGCCGUCAUCAUGCCACACAACAUCUACCUGCACUCUGCUCUUGUCAAAUCUCGAGAGAUCGACCGUCGAAAUAAGAAGGAAGUAAAAGAAGCCAACAAGUAUUUCUUCAUCGAGUCGUCCAUCGCGCUCUUCAUCUCCUUCCUCAUCAAUGUGUUCGUCGUGGCCGUCUUUGCCGAGGCCUUCUACAAUAGAACCAACAUGGAUGUCAACACUGAGUGUAGUAAUACCAGCAUUCCUCACAAAGAUCUCUUUCCUCCUAACAACGGCACACUGGAGGUGGAUAUCUACAAAGGGGGCGUGGUUCUCGGCUGUUUCUUUGGCCCAGCUGCACUCUACAUCUGGGCUAUUGGGAUCCUUGCAGCGGGGCAGAGCUCUACCAUGACGGGCACCUACUCUGGCCAGUUUGUCAUGGAGGGUUUCUUAAACCUGCGCUGGUCCCGCUUUGCGCGAGUACUGCUCACCCGUUCCAUUGCCAUCACACCGACGCUGCUGGUUGCCAUUUUCCAGGAUGUGCAGCAUCUGACUGGGAUGAACGACUUCCUCAAUGUGUUGCAGAGCAUGCAGCUUCCUUUUGCUUUGAUCCCAAUCCUGACCUUCACCAGUCUGACGUCUAUCAUGAAUGACUUUGCAAAUGGACUGGUGUGGAAGAUCUGUGGUGGUGUCCUGGUCUUGGUGGUGUGUGCCAUCAACAUGUACUUUGUGGUGGUUUACGUCACCUCCCUACACAGUGUGGUGCUCUACGUGCUGGUGGCGCUUCUCUCCGUGGCCUAUCUGUGCUUUGUUUGCUACCUGGUGUGGCACUGUUUGGUCGCCCUGGGGGUCUCCUGUCUGGACUUUGGCAGCAGGAUGGGGCUGAGCCGCCACACGGACAUUUAUUUACUGACCGACAUGAACGUGGACAGUUUUUACGAGAGAUAGAAGAACGCUGACGGGCACCACUGGAGAAUGGCCAGUAUAUGUUUGCAUCUUCACCUCCGGGUGCCUUCUGUUUCCAAGUGUCCUUAAAGGGCCUCGUGCUCUUGUUUUUCCAACAAAGUGCCUCUGCAGGACCGUCUCUUGUCUUUCAAACGGCACAAAAACUCAGCUCAGAGAUUAGUAUCAAGUCAUACCGAGAAGCGCGUGCAACAAGUUCAUUAAAGAAUUACACAGAUGAAAAACAAAAACGUGUUUUAUUAUGUAGUUAAUGUUUGAAAAACAUGAAAAAUAUAUGGAAAAUUAUAAACAUCUCAAGUUAUUUAUGUAUGUAACGUUUUUUGGGUACUUUCUAACGCCAGGGUACGUAUAAUUCCAGGCCAUGCUUGUGAGAAUUUACUGUGGAAAGCAGCUCUACAUAAUUUAAUGUUUUUUGAGCAUUGCACCUUGGUAAUAUAUUCACAAAUUUAUGCUCUUAGUGCACUUAUUUAUGAUUGUAUGUCCAUAUUUUUUGUAGUGUCGUGCUGAAAAACGUGUGUGAUGACUAUGAGAAAAUAAAGUUUGGCAUUAUUACAUUAAUUAAUAUGCUGCUGUAAACCCGUCAAUUAUAUUCCUUGCCUUACGUUGCACCGUGAAGGACCAGGUCUUGACUUUACAAUGUCAUAAUAUGAAUGUGACAUGGCAACAAACAUAAUCACAUCCAUGCAUAUAUUAUGAAGCUAUAUUUAGCGGCUAAUAAUCAGCUGCAUGUACAUUACAUCAUGUUUUCUACUUCUAGUGCCGUGGUGUUCACCUAUUUGCCUCUAACAUUGAUAAAGCAUAAAACCAGAAAAAAACAUUGUGCUGCUUUCACUUCUGAACCAAAUUGUUGACAUUUGUCUUGAUUUUUUUUUAAUGUAUUUUUGUUUCUUCCCUGUUUGCUCGAAAAGUUGUUUUCAUUGUUUAUAUUUAUAUAUAUAUAUAUACACACACAUAUAUAUAUGUGUGUAUGUGUAUAUAUUGAAUAUUAUAUAU